GAGCUCCAUUCUUUCUCACGACAGAGAGAAAUCCAACCCCUCCACACAUGCCACGCCUAUGGUACUCUCGGUACCUUGCUUCGGCACGCCUCCGCUGUCGUCCGCUGUUAAUUUCAGAACAAUAUGGAGCCCGAAUAUAUCAACAUCUUCUUCGCCGUACAAUAAACACUGAAGCAAACGUCCAACGCCCCAACGACAUCGUCCCUCUCCGCAAGCAAUUGAAGGAGGAAGCCAAAAGAUCAAAGUCCCAAAGCCGAAAUGGUCGUGGAAAGAAACAAGUGGCAGCAAAUAAUGAAUGGGAAUUGACCGUGGGAAUCGAAAUACAUGCGCAAUUAAAUUCCGAAGCGAAGCUUUUCUCAAGAGCGCCAACAUCUACUGUAGCGGAGCCAAAUUCCAAUGUAGCUCUGUUUGACCUGGCGUUUCCAGGCUCACAGCCGGAAUUCCAAGCGGCAACCCUACUUCCUGCACUUCGCGCUGCGAUAGCGCUCAACUGCGAGGUCCAACACACCAGUCGUUUCGAUCGAAAACAUUACUUCUACCAGGAUCAGCCAGCAGGCUACCAAAUCACGCAGUACUACGAACCGUUCGCACGUAAUGGAUUUAUCAAGCUGUAUGACUACGAUGGCAUCGCGCCCGAAGACGGAAAAUUCGUCCGCAUCGAUAUCAAGCAAAUGCAGUUGGAGCAAGACACUGCAAAAUCUCACGAACAUCCGCCUUCUGCUCACUUUCUAGAUUUCAAUCGUGUCUCACACCCUUUGAUCGAAAUCAUUACUAUGCCUCAGAUUCAUUCUCCCGCUACCGCCGCGGCCUGUGUAAGGAAAAUACAGGCUAUCCUACAAGCUACAAGCGCAGUAACUACAGGUAUGGAGUUGGGCGGGCUGCGCGCAGAUGUCAAUGUCUCUGUUCGUCGGCGUGAUGCGCCGCCGGGCGCCGGAGAAUAUUAUGGAGUUCGUGGACUCGGCCAGCGGACGGAGAUCAAAAAUCUCAGCAGUUUCAAAGCUGUCGAAGACGCCAUUAUAGCAGAGCGAGACCGUCAAAUACGAGUCCUCGAAUCCGGAGGUACCGUUGAAGUCGAAACCAGAGGUUGGUCGAUUGGUAGCACCGAGACUCGCAAGCUGCGCAGUAAGGAAGGCGAAGUUGAUUAUCGCUAUAUGCCGGAUCCAGAUUUACAUCCUCUUUUUAUUGACGAUGGGCUCGUGUCUACUUUGAAGGAAAAUCUUCCUACUUUACCGGACCAGCUUUUGGCCAUGCUCGUUGGUCCAAUGUAUGGACUUAGUCUUGAAGAUGCAAAGCCCUUGGUGGAACUUGAUGACGGUGCGCGGUUGGAGUAUUACCAGGAUGUUUUCGACGUGCUCCAGGCUCUUCACUCUGAUGACAGAGACGCAGCGAAAAAGGGGCUAGGUAGAACUGCAGCAAACUGGGUGCUACAUGAAUUGGGCGCGUUACACACCAAGGCAGAGGUAGCCUGGCAUGCUGAUCGCAUCCCGGCGCAAACACUGGCGGAACUCAUCGAUCAGUUAAUACGCAAAAAGAUCACUAGCUCCGUCGCGAAACAAGUCCUAGUGAUGGUAUUUGAGGGAGAUCAACGACCAAUCCAGCAAUUACUGGAGGAAGAGAACCUCUUGCUGCGACCACUUUGUAGGGAAGAAUAUAUCGCUUUGGCGAACUCUUUGAUUGAGGAAAAUCCGCAAAUGGUUGCACAGAUCCGAGAAAAGAAUCAGUUGGGCAAAAUCGGCUGGUUUGUAGGACAAAUGGUGCGCCAGGGAGAAAAGGGUCGCGUUGAAGCGCAGCGUGCGGAAGAGAUUCUACGAGAGCUGAUCUUGAAGCGCAAUUAGUCAUACAAACAAUUAACUAACUAGUUAACUAAGUUAGUCGAUAUCUGUUUUGUCAAGGUGACCACUGCAGCCAUGUGCGAUAGACUGCGCGGCUUAUUGUAUAGAUAGAUGAAUGAUACCCUUUUACCACGC